AUGAACGACGCAAAUCACAAUCAGCUUGACCAAAAUCCAGCGCAUCCAGAAUACGUUCAGAGCGUCUUCACCUUUCAAAUGGACCCGCCCAUCGACCCUUCCUUGACUGAUGGCCAGUCCAACAGCCCUCUGCAACCGACCACACAACCUUCCCCUCCCCGUUCUUUCCCACCCAACAUGGGGCAAAUCCAGAACCAGAACUCCCAUCCCACUUUUCCGCCUUCUAACGGUCCUUACUAUUCCAGCAUCAUGGCAGCCCAGAACAAUCCUAACAUGAGCGUCCUGGGAAAUGGGAACGGCAUCGCACCUGCCCCCCAAGGACAGCAGGCCUUCAACGUGCAGUCGUCUCCUAUGUUUUCUCAAAAUCCCCCACAGUCGUCCGCUCGUCAGCCUAUCGCAGCAACCCAAGCCAAUUUGCACGAUAACAUGGCCAAUAUGGCGGCUCAGCAGGCUACCCAACAGCACCAGUCACCGUUGAACGGCUUUGUGAGCCACAACCUAGGCGGAUACACCUUUAUGGGGCUUGCGCCACAGACACACGCCCCGACGUCCAUGCAGUAUGGGCAUCACCAACAACCCGCCGACGGAACGACGAACCAGCUCCUGGGCCAGAUCCCAUCGUCGUUCGAUUUCUCGCUCGUACGUGGUGCCGCCAGCCAUUAUAAUAACGGCAGCUUUCACAACAACAACGCUUCGUUCCGACCCGACAGCAUGCCUACAUUGCCGUCGCACGCUCCUCAACUUCCGGUUACCUCUUUUCCCAUCGAUUCUCUCUCCCGUGCUGCUGAGAAUCUGCACAGCCAGCUUGUUGCUGAGACUGCGAAAAAGGGGACCUCAAAUCGCGCCACGAGCCAGACACCUGUCAACCCCCAAGAAGCAAACCCUGCCCAGCCUCCAAAAGCCAAGAGGAAGUAUACAAAGAAGCCAAAGGGCGAGGCAACAGCCGAUCCUACGGCUCCUCAAGAGCCACCCAAGAAGCGUCAGCGGGCACAGAAGAAGAACCUACAGACCACCGCACCUGUCCCUGUAGCAGCAGUGGCCAAUGCACCUGUUAUGUCGACAGCGACAUCUACACCAACCUUUACUCCAUCUCUCCUGUCCUCGGCAAACAGUUAUGAUAUUUCUCCAGCUACCCAGCCUAUGGAGCAGGCUUCAGGAACAACCGCUCCAACACCAUCUUCUGGCCACACCAGUGUUACACCUACGCCUGUUGUUCAGAAAGCCCUUAAUGCUAUAGGUACAUUCCAGCCUGUCCAGAGCUUCACACAAACAACAGGCUCGGCCUCAGUUUCGCCUUCGAUCCCUCAUAACCAGGUGUCCCGGUCUUUUUCUCAGCCGCCGAUCUUCAAUAUGGCUCCCCCUCCGCCGAUCCAGGUCCCUUCGGAGUUUGCUACAGCGGCUAGUUCUACUCCAAUCCCAGCCUUGAGCUCUGCGCCGUCAACUCAUGCGGUGAAGCAAACUCCCGCGAAUUUUGUUCAGAAACAGGCCCCUGUUGUGCCUAACAAGGUCACGCCUGUUCCUGUCCCGAAUAUCCCAACGGUUGCCAAAGUCCCAUCUGUGUUUCCUCGACAUACACCUGGUACCACUCCAUCUCCUCCUACGGUUCCUACAUCCACUCAAGCUAUGGCUCCGGGCCAAGCUCGUACUCAGGCGCCAGCUUUUACCCCGGCACCCUCUCCGGCUCCUACUCCUGCUCGGGUUUCUCCUCAGCAUGCGCCUCGGCCUCCCACGCAAAGCACAGUUGGACCUACAGCCCAGAGAGCUCCUAAUGCGGCUUUCACUCCAUCUCCUUCUCCAGCUCCCGCCCGGUCCCCCCCUCAGGCUUUCACCCAAGGACAAAACCUGCCUCCUGCUCAACUUCCGGUUCAACCGUCCAGUCAUGUGACGGCCCAACUUACUGGUCAAUAUCAACCUCAGGCUUCUGUUCAGCAACCCAUCCAGCAUGCUGUUCAGCAACAGCCUCAGAAUGCUCUCCAACAACCACCACAUCAGCAUGCCGCUCAGAAUUCCGUCCAGCAACCCGGUCAGCAACAGGUCCAGUUAGAAUCUCCGCAACAAGUUUUACAACAAACCCAGGAACAACAGGCUCUUGAAAAAGAGCAAAGAGAGGCCCAGCGGAGGCGGGAAUACAACGAGCGACGGAGGAUGCAGCGAGUUCGGCGGAAACAGGCUCAACAGCAACAAGUUCAGCAGCAACAGGCUCAGCAGCAACAGGCUCAGCAGCAACAAGGCCAGCAGCAACAAGGCCAGCAGCAACAAGGCCAGCAGCAACAAGGCCAGCAGCAACAACAAGCUCAUCAGCAGCAACCGCAAGCUCAGCAACAACAAGUUCUUCAGCAACAGCAAUCCCAGCCGCAACCGGGUCAGCAGCAACAAUCUCAUCAACAACAAGACAAGCAGCAAGCUCAGCGUACCGCUCAAGAGGCUCAGAAUACCGCUCAACAACAGACUCAACAUGCUGUUCAGACACCCGCUCAGUAUGCUACUCCGCAAAAGGCCCAGCAGUAUGCUCAGCAACAAGCUCAGUCUGCCGCCCAACAGCCAAUUCAGCCUACUGUCCAGCAUGCCGUGCAGAGCCCAGCCCAACGUAUUGUUCAGCAAUCCGCGCAGAAUGCUCCUCAACAGCCAGCUCAUUAUGAUGCUCACCAACAGGCACAACAACAAGCUUCGCAACGGGCCUAUCACACUGCUCAGCGAGAAGCUCAUCAAAAGGCUCAAAGAGAGGCUCAGCAAAAAGCUCAAGAAGAGGCUCAGCAAAAGGCUCAACUAGAGGCUCAAGAAGCGGCCCAGCUUGCUGCUCAGCAAAAGGCUCAAGAAGAGGCCCGACAACAAGCCGCUUACCAACAGGCCCAGCCCGCUGCUCAGCAAAAAGCUCAAGAAAAGGCUCAGCAAAAGGCUCAGCAAAAGGCUCAACAGGAGGCCCAGCUUGCUGCUCAGCAAAAGGCUCAAGAAGAGGCCCGACAACAAGCCGCUUAUCAACAGGCCCAGGUUGCUGCUCAGCAAAAAGCUCAAGAGGCCCAGGUUGCUGCUCAGCAAAGGGCUCAAGAAGAGUCCCAGCUUACUGCGCAGCAAAAGGCUCAAGAACGGGCCCAGAAAGAAGCUCAAGAAAAGGCUCAGGAACAGGCAAAAAAUCAAACCCUACAAGAAGCUCAGCGUGCUGCCCAAUCAGCACCCGCCCCUCCAAUCCCUAACUUCACUCCCUCGCCCCUCUCAGAGGCCGUAACCCCUACUAUAAUCUCCCUUCAGGCCGACACUGAUCUCUACUGCGUCUUCGGCCAGCAAACUCUUCACCACUUCCGCGUGCGUCGCAGCACACUCACUGGUCUGCGCCAGACCGACUCUUUAAAAACCACCUCUCCUUUUCCCAAUCUUGUGUACAUCAACUUUAACGAGGCGCUCACCACCCCCGGUCCCGGUGCCACCCCCAACGAGCUCUCUAACCUGCCCGGUGAAACCGCCGACAGCCACAUGCAAGCCUUGAGUCGUCUGCUCAAGCUGCUCGAAGACCCUGCCGCACAGGGGAAGAUAGCGUGUGAUGUGGAGACCAUCUGGCGCCUGGCCAACCUGCAGCCUGCCCUGGGUCUGGAUAAGGAGUUUGUGCGCUGGUUGAGACAGUGCAUGGCGUUGUUCAUCUCGGAUGUUACUACCGUGCCUGACUCCACUGGUGGAAAUGGGAGUGCGAAUUCGUAUUGGAUGUCCCAGGCGAUGGUGAUGUCGGAGGAUAUGUUCGGCAAACGUGAUUUGAAGGGCGCAGACGUGAAGAAGAAUAGGUGGGAGAAGGCACUGGAGGCCUGCAGGAAGUGGACGUGGAUCGUUGAGUGGAGGGAUUUGUGCGCGCGGUUGGCGUACCUGUGUGCUGUGGAUAAGGAUGCGCAGGGGAGGUUUGUGUUGAAGAAGCCCGGUCGUGAUGUUGGGGUCUUGACCAGCUUGAACAGGGUGUUGGUUGGGGAGAUGACUAUUGAUACCAUCGUUAACACCAGAACCCAAGCCUGCCGCUACCUCAUCAACGUGGCCGAAACCACAUACAAGAGCUGGCAAGGUCGAAUCAGGAACGGCCAAAUGAACGGCGGCUGUCGGAGCAAACAGUGCAUGGAUAAGCGUACCGGUGGCCUGGCGCAGGUUGUCAGAGGCAUUGGCCUUCAUAUCCCCAAAGGAACCAAAACCACCGCAUCCACAUCCACCACCGGAGCAUCCGAUGGAUCCAACAAAUCCAGCCUCGAGGCCCAUCAAGCCCAGCCCCAACCCGCCGCUGCGCCUAUCGAACCCACAUUCCACGGCCAAGGCACUAAAAUGACCAAUGGUCUCCCCAUCCACACCGUCUUUGACAUAAUGAAAGCCAUCGAGAACGAGCGGCGUGGCCAGUAUACCCUCGUGGACGCCGUCCUCGAGACGUACAGCGGUAAAUGUUACGAAUGCAUGAAGGGCUCGGCGUCGGGUCCGGGCGAGUUGAAUCCGACCAACUCCUUGUUCCCUGUCAUCGACUUGUUGUAUGAGAUGUUGUGGGAUAUGAGGGUCAAGUUCUUGGAGUGGACGGAGUGUCCCUGGGUGGAGAAGCUUGUGCUUAAGGGCAUUGAGGAUCCUGCUGUUAAGGAGAGGUUGCAGGCUGUUGUGGGCGGUGGUGUUGGGGUUGGUGGCACUGAUGGUACUGAUCUCACCAUGGGCGGUACUUAA